AUGAACAUGCUAGAGAGGAAUGGCACCAUACUUUUUUCCGAGAUUGACGAUCGCUUAACUAGUCAGCAAAUUCGGGAGGCCCUGUUUGUCGCGUGCAGUAGUUUUGGCCCUGUUCUCCGUGUCUCGUCGAACCGUAAAGCUCUUCGUGGCAAGGCAUUUGUCGUCUUUCUUUGCUUUCCAGACGCCGUGGCCUGUGCCGCACGGCUCCAUGGCACUUCGUUCUUGUCAGCCUCUCUCAAUGCACAAAUAGUCUAG